CAUGCGCAUACAGCUGACAUGUCCGGUUUGGUAUUGUCAGAGGCAGCUGUGGAUAGCGGAGAGAACAUUGGACCCGUGGAGGGGACAGCAGACCUCAAUUCAUCAGUUCAUCGUCGUAUUGACCUUUUCGCUGGUGGAUCCCUCAGCAUUAACGAACUCAUACGGGGAUACAGUCGGUUAGUCAACACAAGAGAGACAGGAAAGCUGACAAACAAUUUGAUGACAAAGCUGACCGACGAGAGAUGUGUGCUGCUGUGUAUGUCUUGUCGACGGUAACGGGCUACGUGCUCACCUCUGCUCUGCUCCUAAAAUGCCCGAGUCUUAUUCACCGGAAGAAGCGAGAGACUUUCCUCAGCAGGCACAUUUCCCAUCGUGGAGGAGCAGGGGAAAACCUGGAAAACACCAUGGCAGCUUUCAAGCAUGCUGUGGAUCUUGGCACUGACAUGCUGGAGUUGGAUUGCCACCUGACAAAAGAUGAGGAGGUUGUGGUUUCACAUGAUGCCAAUUUAGGGAGAUCCACCGGCAUUAAUGCUAAAAUCUGCGAAAAAACCUACGCUGAGCUGCCUCCAUACCUCUGCAAGCUGGGUGUAACUUUUCAAAAAGAAUGUUUCUGUGAAGGUGGAGACGACAAACGCAUCCCUCUCCUCAGGGACAUUUUUGAUGCAUUCCCCAACACGCCUGUCAACAUUGACAUAAAGGUUGACAAUGACACGCUCAUCAAGAAGGUCUCUGAGAUGGUUGUGAAGUAUGACAGAGAAAACCUGACUGUGUGGGGAAAUGCCAGCAACCAGAUUGUAAAGAAGUGUUACAAAGAGAACCCUCGUAUACCCGUGUUGUUCAGCUUACCCAGAGUGCUGCAGCUGUUGGGUCUCUUUUACACCGGCCUUCUACCCUUCGUUCCCCUCAAGGAGCAGUUUCUGGAGAUCCCUAUGCCCUCUAUCAUCACCAAGCUAAAGGGUCCUGACAGUUUAACCAGAGGCCAGCGAGUCCUCACAUGGAUCGCAGACACUUUGCUGAUGAGGAAAGCUCUGUUUCAGCACCUCACUGCCAGAGGAAUACAGGUGUACGUUUGGGUACUCAACGAUGACGAUGACUUCCAGAUGGCGUUUGACUUGGGAGCUACAGGAGUUAUGACAGAUUUUCCCACCAGGCUCAAAGACUUCAUGGACAGGAAUGGCAUUUCUAAGCUCGAGUGACCUGCCAAAGUCUACCCCCCCAACACACAUACACACAUACACACACAUACACACACACACACACACACACACACACACACACACACACACACACACACACACACACACACACACACACUGCACUGAUUGUCCUCCAACCUGACUGACCUGCCAACAGUGUUCUACAGAAGUCGAGCCCAACUCAAGCUCAGAUUUUUAGGGCUUGCCACUUGACGUGGACUCAAGCACUGAUGAUGGUGACUCGGACUUGGACUUCAGUGAUGACUGCUUUAGGACUCAGAAAAUUAAGAGGAAUCUGAUUUAUUCACCAAUAAAUACCUGUGUACUGUUUUCUAUAUGGCCGUUACUAUUUAUUUAGUUUGGAGCAAGGGCCGGCUGCCUGGCACAUGUUUGCCUGGAUUCAAGUUCAUGUGGCAUCUUAUUCAGCUAAGAGGCGCCACAAACUGUGCAUUUUGCCUUCAAAGAUUUUAGAGUAAUUGCAAGCAAGAAAUGUGCAUCACAGUUUGUUGUGUAUGGAGCUGUGCAGCUGCAGACCCAUCAGAGCACCCAUGCUGGCCCCUGUCCACCACCAAAAGUGCCUACAAUGGGUACUUGAGAAUCCGAACUGGAGCACAUAGAUAUGAAAGAAGGUGGCUGGGAGCAUCACGUCAGUGUUGACUUGGCCCUCAGAUUCCCCAGAUAUUCAUUCAAGUGAGCAUCUGUCGGAUGUGCUGGAAUUCCACAUCUAUUCCCAACCUAACAUCUUCCAGGACCUAAAGGAUAUGCUGCUCACGUCUUGGUACCUGAUACAAAAGCACACUUUCAGAGGUCUAGUGUCUCAUCAGGUCAGGGCUGUUUUGGCUCAGACUUGACAGGAGGGAUGCCAACACAGUAUAAUGUUAUGGCUGAUUGGGGCGGGUUGCCUACAUGGAUUGUUGAUAAUGUUACUGUUAGCAAGGUAACAGCAGGUAUUUUUGAGUUCAUUAGGCACAUACAGUAAUUCCACCAUAGUAGAAUCUAAUGUUAGUGAAUGAAAUGUGUUUUCUACCCAUCUGAAAGGUCCAACCCAGUCAGUCAAAGCUCAUACAGAGAAUAAUUUGGAGUGAAACGGUCGAUAAAUAGGAAAACUAAAAACAGGGACUCAACUUGGAUCCUUCUCUUGUCACUUGGACUUGACUCAGACCUGAACACUGAGGACUCAGACUCAACUUUGACGUGAAGUUUGGUGACUCAACUUCAACACUGCCCGCCAAAACCAGCCCCUCCAAAAGCACCCCGCUCUCACUGCAUGCAUUCCAGCAGUGCUGCUAACGCACUGUGUUUGACUGUGGGAAGGGAUCCCUGUCGUAAUCUGUGACCUGCACUGCUUUGAGGAAUCACAUUGAUGAUGCUGAUGUAUUUUUUCAACCACAUGAAAGACUCUUUAGGAAACAGACACAGUGAAAUAUCAUGUUAGUUGAGUUAUGUUUUUUGCAAGUUCAUUGUAUACAUUUGCUGCACAGAUACUGGUAUACAGACACAACAGUGUGAGAUAUUUAUCUUUUUCAGACAGCUGCUUAACAUCACACUAUUGUUUGAGGAAUAUCUGUAAAAUGGGACGAAACGGCUGUUGAAGCAUUGUUUGCAAGUCUCAUUCAUCUGGAUUAUCAUAACAGAUUCUGGUUUGAGACAUGGAGCUGUUUUUCUUUUAUUGGAAUACCUUUCAGUAAACAACAACUUGCAGCAUUACUGUGCUUUGUUUGGAGUAUUGUGCUAGUAAAAACACCAGACGUUGUAAUUUCAUGUUAAUCCUGUUAAUUUACCAGCAUCUUUAUAUUUUGCGCUCUCACUUUGAUCCUUUUUUUCCCACUUGGCCCAUGCAAUAAUACUCUUACAAGCAAAUAUUUUUAGAUUCGCUGGAUUCAUCCAAAAAUAUGCUUCAGGGUGCAGGUACACAAGUCCUCAGUGAGCUACACUGAGGAGAGUACUGCGGUGCAACUGCUACAUAUUUGUAAUUCAAAGGCACAUUGAGUUUAAAUGUUGACUGCGCUGUGAAAACAAAAACAAUUCAAAUGUGUUGUUUUUAAAACAGUGUUUUAUAUUGCUUAGCUGUGUUGUAUAUUUAUAAGUAGGUUGUAUGUCUUGAUAUUUUGUUUCUUAUUCAGUUGCUGUAAAUGACAGGCAUUGUUUGUCUAUAACUGAAUUUACGAGAGCAAUUUUGCACAAAUUAAGAAAUGACUGGUGUUUCUGUCGCCUGUGUAAACUUCCAUUGACAGCAUUAAGCUUCAAAUGUAAGUGAUAGAAAAUAAUCUAGAUGUGUGAAUUUGAAUUGUAUCACAGAAGCAUUGACAAAGAUUUAUCGAUUGCCUUUUUGCAGUCACUCAAAAUUCAAAUGGCAGCAUUUCUCUGACUGUGUGUGCCACAGUUUGAAAGUAUAAAGACCAUUAGGAUUACCAUACCACUGACAUUCACUAAUCCAAACUUGUGACCACGCACUGAGGGUCAUUCAUGAAUGUAGUAUUUUCUGGAUGUACUGUUUAGUGUUAGCUACCAGUGUUGCUGUGUUAUUUUCUUUUGUCUGUAGUUGGGAAUUUUUUAUAUGAGCAAUUACUGAACUGAUGGACUGAGACCUGCCCUGGUGUGAGUCUCUUGUUUUGAGACAGUUUUGUGAUUCACAAAUCAUAUUAAAAACUUACUGUAAUGAAUAUAAUUUAGAAUAUUUUGAUUACAUUACUUGUGAGGAAGUAAGUGUACAGUUUUUUUUGCAUGCCAAAAUGAUUAUGUAUUAAGUUGUUGUUUUUGAAUUUAUUGUGACUCUGACAGGUUGUGGGACCUGGCUGCUUAGUUUUAUCAAACCGCCUUAUCCCACAGAGUGUGUAUUAUGGUUUACUGAGAGACUAUUGGGCAUAUUUUUAUUAAAGCAAUAAAAACUUAAAACUUU